AUGCCUUCGUCGAGUCAAGCCUCACCAUGUCUUUCCUUUGAACAAAUAGCUUCUUUCUACUCAGUGAACGCAUCCAUUGUUAAGCCCAUUACUCAUGGCCUCAAACAAGCCUAUCGUGUAUCCGUUCCAUGCACUUACAAAGAUGUGAAUGGCACUCAAGGGUAUUUUUAUGAUACCCUCUAUAGUGUACAAUCUGGCGACAUACUUGCUAAUGUUGCAGGGGUUCUCUAUAGGGGGCAAGCUUGGGAGGUUGUAGGAGAGGAACAUCUAUUUAUUGGAGGAGAUGUGAUUAGUCUACAUCUUCUCCGUGGAUGA